AUGAUACCGUUGAUCGCUCUCGAAGAACAUUUCCUCUCCCAGGAGAUGAUUAACACCGCUGAAGGAAUGUACUCGGAACAGCUCAAAUGGCUCGACGGCGUCCGAGACAAAUUGGACGAUAUUGGACCGCUGCGCAUAUCUGAGAUGGAUAAGGGCGGUGUCACCAUGCAGAUUGUUUCUCAUGCCCCGAUAGCGGAUGCUUCGACCGUUGCGCUGUGUACCGCUGCAAACAAGCAGCUUUACGAAGCAGUCCAAGCUAAUCCGGAUCGCUUCGCUGGCUUUGCAGUGCUGCCAAUGGCAGAUCCAGUAGGUGCUGCGGGUGAGCUAAGGAGAUGUGUCAAAGAGUUUGGUUUUGUGGGCACGUUAAUUGACAAUCAUGUCAAUGGUCAACAUUACGAAGGCGAUGAGUACUUGAAGUUCUGGAAAACCGCAGAGGAGCUUGAUGUUCCUGUCUAUCUGCAUCCGACUUGGCCAUCGGAAGAUAUGGUUCCACGUUACGAAGGUAACUUCUCCACUGGGGCAGCACUCAGCAUAGGUAGUUCUGGCUUCGGCUGGCACGCGGACACACAACUGCACGUGUUGAAACUUUUUGCUUCGGGCCUUUUCGACAAGUGCCCAAAGCUCAAGCUUAUUAUCGGACACAUGGGGGAGAUGAUACCUUUUCAGCUAGAGCGCAUCACCUAUAUAUCUAGUCGCUGGGGCAAUCGCAAGAGGAGCUUCCAAGAGGUCUACGACAAUAACAUCUGGAUCACGACAAGCGGUGUUUGGAGCUUGAGUCCUAUGGCAUGUAUAUUGCGGAACACCAAGAUCGAUAAGAUCCUGUUUAGCAUCGACUAUCCAUUCGCGCAGAAUAUCUGGGGUCUUAAAUUCAUGGAAGAUCUUGAGAGUAGUGGGAUGGUGACCAAAGAGCAAUUUGAGAUGAUUGGAUAUAAAAAUGCAGAAAAUCUUCUCAAGGUGAAAGUGGCGGGCAUCAGAUAG